AUGUCGGCCAAGGCGAUCCGCGAGUACGACGGCAAGCGCCUCCUCGGCAAGUGGCUGGCCGACUACUCGAGCGGCGCGCACACGCUCGAGUCGCGCUUCGUGCAGAUCACGCCCAUCAUCUUUGACGCCAAGGUGCCCUCGAUCAACUUUGACUCGGUCGUGCGCGAGAACCCGUGGCUGCUCGAGACCAAGCUCGUCGUCAAGCCCGAUCAGCUCAUCAAGCGCCGCGGCAAGGCCAACCUGCUCCUCCUCAACGCGACGUGGGCCGAGGUCAAGGAGUGGAUCACCGCGCGCAUGAGCCGCGAGAUCCAGGUCGAGGUCGUCACGGGCGUCCUCGACCACUUUAUCGUCGAGCCGUUCGUGCCGCAUGCGUCGACGGACGAGUACUACCUCUGUCUCCAGUCCAACCGCCUCGGCGAAGAGAUCCUCUUCCACCACGAAGGCGGCGUCGACGUCGGCGACGUCGAUGCCAAGGCGCUGCGCCUCCAGAUCCCGCUGGAAGUCACGCCGACCGUCGACGAGAUUGCGACGCAGCUCCUCUUCAACGUCGUGCCGGCGCGCCAGACGAUCAUUGCGAGCUUCAUCUCGUCGCUGCUGGCGCUCUACCGCGACCUCAACUUUGUCUACAUGGAGAUCAACCCGAUCGUGGUCGUCGGCGACAAGAUCGUGCCGCUCGACAUGGCCGCCAAGCUCGACGAGACCGCGGGCUUCCUCUGCGGCACAAAGUGGGGCGAAAUCGAGUUUCCCGCGCCGUUCGGCCGCGCCAAGUUCCCCGAAGAGGCCUUCAUCGCCGAGCUCGACGGCAAGACGGGCGCGUCGCUCAAGCUCACGAUCCUCAACCACCGCGGCCGCGUCUGGACCAUGGUCGCGGGCGGCGGCGCGUCGGUCGUGUACGCCGACACGAUCUCGGACCUCGGGUUCGGCCACGAGCUCGCCAACUACGGCGAGUACUCUGGCGCGCCGUCCGAGGCGCACACGUACCAGUAUGCGCGCACGAUCCUCGACCUCAUGACGCGCGAGGACGACCCGCGCGGGAAGGUGCUCAUCAUCGGCGGCGGCAUUGCCAACUUUACCGACGUCGCGCAGACGUUCAAGGGCAUCAUCACGGCCAUCACCGACUUCCAGGACAAGCUCAAGGAGCGCAACAUCACCAUCUGGCUCCGCCGCGCCGGGCCCAACUACCAGGAAGGGCUCCGCCUCAUGCGCGAGACGGGCGAGUCCACCGGUGUCCCGAUCCACGUGUUUGGCCCCGAGACGCACAUCACGGCGAUCGUGCCCAUGGCGCUCGGCCUCGUGGCGCCCGACCACGCCCAGGUGCCACCGCCGCCGGCCGAGGCCAAGACGCCGAUCGAGCCGUCGCCGGCCGCGUCGCCCGGUCCGUCGCGCGACGCCAAGACCACGUCCGAGUCGUCGGCGCAUGCUACUGCGUCGGAGGACGGCGCGCCGGCGCGGUCGCUCAUCCAGGACCAGGGGAUUGUGCGCAUGGAGGCCCACACGCGCUGCAUCGUCUACGGCAUGCAGCAGCGCGCGGUGCAAGGCAUGCUCGACUUCGACUACCUCUGCAAGCGCGAGACGCCGUCGGUGGCGGCCAUGAUCUUCCCGUUCUCGCAGAACCACUACCUCAAGUUUUACUGGGGCACGUCCGAGCGCCUCAUCCCAGUCUUCCAGGACAUCAAGGAGGCCGUCAAGAAGUACCCGGACGUCUCGGUGCUCGUCAACUUUUCGUCGUUCCGGUCCGUCUUCUCGUCGACGAUGGAGGCGCUCGCGUGCAGCGACACGAUCAAGACCCACGCGAUCAUCGCCGAAGGCGUGCCCGAGUCGCAGACGCGCCUCAUCAUCAAGCGCGCGGCCGCCAAGAACCCCGGCUGCCUCCGCAUCGGCAACACGGGUGGCAUGCUGGACAACAUUGUCCAGUCCAAGCUCUACCGCCCGGGCUCGGUCGCGUACGUCUCCAAGUCGGGCGGCAUGAGUAACGAGCUCAACAACAUCAUCAGCCAAACGUCCGACGGUGUCUUUGAAGGCGUCGCGAUCGGCGGCGACAAGUACCCGGGCUCGACCUUCAUCCAGCACCUCCUCCGCUACCAAGAGAACCCCGAGGUCAAGAUGAUGGUGCUUCUUGGCGAAGUCGGCGGCACCGACGAGUUUGAAGUGUGCCGCGCGCUCCAGGACGGCCGCAUCACCAAGCCGCUCGUCGCCUGGUGCAUUGGCACGUGCGCCAAGAUCUUCCCGUUCGAAGUGCAAUUUGGCCACGCCGGUGCGUGCGCCACCGGCGAGUCGGAGACGGCCGAGGCCAAGAACGCGGCGCUCGCACACGCCGGCGCCAUCGUCCCGAGAAACUUUGAUCAGUUUGGCACGGCGAUCCGAACGGCGUACGACAGCCUCGUCGCCUCCGGUGCGCUCGUGCCGCGGCCCGAGGUGCCGGUGCCGGCCGUGCCGAUGGACUACGCGUGGGCCAAGAAGCUCGGCAUGAUCCGCAAGCCGGCCAACUUUAUCUCGUCCAUCACGGACGACCGCGGCGAAGAGCUCACGUACGCCGGCAUGCCCAUCUCGCACGUCUUUGAGAAUGAGAUGGGCGUCGGCGGCGUCCUCGGCCUCCUCUGGUUCAAGCGUCGCCUGCCGCCUUACGCGACCAAGUUUAUCGAGAUGGUGCUCAUGGUGACCGCCGACCACGGCCCCGCCGUCUCGGGCGCCCACAACACGAUCGUGACGGCGCGCGCCGGCAAGGACCUCAUCUCGUCGCUCGUCUCGGGCCUCAUGACGGUCGGGCCUCGCUUUGGCGGCGCGCUCGACCAGGCGGCCGAGAUGUUUACCAAGGCGUACGACUCGGGCAUGUCGCCGGCCGACUUUGUCAACAAGAUGAAGGCGAGCAACCAGCUCAUCAUGGGCAUUGGCCACCGCAUCAAGUCGACGACCAACCCGGACAAGCGCGUGACCAUCAUCAAGGAAUACGCACUCGCGCACUUCCCAGCCAACAACAUCCUCAACUUUGCGCUCGAAGUCGAGCAGAUCACGACCAAGAAGCGCAGCACGCUCAUCCUCAACGUCGACGGCGCGAUCGCCGUCUGCUUUGUGGACCUCUUGCGCAACUGCGGCGCGUUCACGCAGGAAGAAGCCGACGAGCAGAUCGCCGACGGCUGCCUCAACGGCCUCUUUGUGCUCGGCCGCUCGAUCGGCUUUAUCGGCCACUACCUCGACCAGAAGCGCCUCAAGCAGCCGCUGUACCGCCACCCGUGGGAUGACAUUUCGUACAUGGACGACAGCAUGUAA